UAUAAACUAACCAUUUGUAGAAGAACAGGAUCGAUCUAAGUGAAGAACUUUGUCAGUUCCAAGAUUUUCGAUCAUCAUAAGUUGCAGAGUAUGAAUAACUUUUCACAUGUUCCUCCCGGUUUUAGAUUCCACCCAACGGAUGAAGAACUUGUAGAUUACUACCUCAGGAAAAAGAUUGCAUCAAAAAGAAUUGAUCUUGAUGUUAUUAAAGACAUUGAUCUCUAUAGAAUUGAGCCAUGGGAUCUUCAAGAUUUAUGCAAGCUAGGAAUCGAGGAGCAAAAUGAGUGGUACUUCUUUAGCCACAAGGAUAAAAAGUAUCCAACAGGAACUCGUACAAAUAGAGCUACAAAAGCCGGCUUUUGGAAAGCCACCGGAAGAGACAAGGCCAUAUACUCAAAGCAUAAUCUAGUUGGCAUGAGAAAGACAUUGGUGUUUUACAAAGGUCGAGCUCCAAAUGGGCAGAAAUCAGAUUGGAUCAUGCAUGAGUAUAGACUAGAAACAAAUGAAACCGGAACAACUCAGGAAGAAGGUUGGGUUGUAUGUAGGGUAUUCAAGAAGCGAAUAACUACUGUACGAAGGAUGGAUGAACACGAUUCUUUGUGCUGGUUUGAUGAUCAAGUCUCAUUCAUGCCAAAUUUUGAAACGCCAAGACGAUUAUCCCACCCUUACACGUCAGGUAGUUCAUACCAUCAACAGUUUCCAGCAAAAUCUGAGCUCGAUCAAUUGCACUACAACUUGCCCCAAGAUCAUUCCUUCCUCCAGCUUCCUCAAUUAGAGUCCCCCAAAAUUCAACAGCCUGCUGCUGCUUUUCAACCCUCAACUCAGCAGUUGAACAUCAACUUGCUUUAUGGCAGCCAUGGUGAACACGAUCUUCAAGUGACUGAUUGGCGAGUACUUGAUAAGUUCGUUGCUUCUCAGCUCAGUAAUGAUCAAGAUCCUUCCAAUCCUCCUCCGUCGUCUCUUCAAAUGGCGGAACAUAUGAACCUGCUUUUAAGUGAUUCUAAGAGUGAUGAAAUGGCGUCAGAAUGUGCUUCAAUAUCCACCUCCACUUGCCAGGUUGAUCUUUGGAAGUAAUUAAUAUAAGAAACAUAAACCAAAUUUCUAAUUACAUCAGUGAAAAAAAAGGGAAGAAAAUUAAGAAGCAAGCAUAUUAAUAUUGUGACUAGAAUGUAUGUACUAAUAUCAAAGUGUCAGACGAUCUAGUUUCCGUCCAAAAUAAACGUAAUAUGGGUGAUGUGGUUUUAUCAAAUGUGUCUGGACUAAGCUGCCUUAAGUAGAUAUAUAUGCAUGUAAUUCAUAUAACAUAUCUUUAAUUAUGUAUGUACGUA